GCGGCGGGUGCGCCGCCGUGGGUGCGCCGCGGUGGGCGCAGUGCAGGGCCGGGGCCCGCCCGCGAGGUUCGUCGUGAUGGACCACGACACCGUGGGCGCCGACGACCUGUGCGGCCAGGGCUCGUUCGACGUCAGCAACAUCCCCGAGGGCGGCAUGAUUGCCAAG